AUGCUCCAUGCCUUGCCACCAGAAUUGUUUUCUAUGGUUUUGGAAUACUUCUACCGAAAUGAGGAUCUGAAAAACCUCUGCUUGGUCUCAAAAGCCCUGCACUCAGCGACUAUACCACGACUAUAUCGAUCGAUCGGUCUUAUUUCGAGAAACGAGGAUAAUUUGAGUGACUUGAACCUUGGGUCUCUCUCUCGCUAUCUCAAAUUUACAAGGGAGGUCAUUUUGAUCGCGGAGUUCCGUCAAUUGCUACGUUAUCGCUGUCACGACCAUGACUCUGAUGACUCUGAUGACUCGAAUGUCGAAUAUGAUUCCUCCAGCGACGAAACGGAACUCGAAUAUCAAGAAAUUCCUCGAGGACUUUCUGUUGGGGAAGAUGAAAACGGAGGUGUACCUUGUGACGAGGACCAGGAGAAUCAGCCAAACAACAUAUCCCAGCUAUCAGAGUGGCGCAACGAUCGUUCUGAUAUCUCUUCAAACGGACAUUCUCAUGCCGACUUCCCUGAGGGAGACUCGGAUGACCUCACGUGGCAAGAAUGGACGCCACAUGGGCAGUUUAUGAAGAUUCUGGCGUCAAGAAUACGACCAUUUCUGGAUUUGAUUCCGGAUGGUAGGUUGGAAAGGUUCAGCUGGAAUCUCGGUACCUGUGUUCCCGGAGCCGUAAUCGAAUACCUCAGCACGAAACAGACACAAAUCGUUCAUCUAGAGGUCAUCACCGACACGACUUGUCUAGGUCUAGAUUAUUUAAAUAUGUACGAUUUGUACGGAUUCAAGAAACUUCGGCGCCUUCGCUUGAUUACGCCUACCUUUAUUCAGGACCCGGAAUACUCCCUUGGAGGAUUAUUCCACAACAACGCUUCGACAUUAGAGGAAAUCGAGAUUAACGAGGUUGGCCAUGGAGGACUAAAAAGCAGAGUUCCGGGACAAAACAAACUGCUUCAUCAAAUGCUGGCGCUUCCUCCAGGGGAAAUGCAACAAUUGUUUCCGUCACUGAAGAAUUUAACUCUGAGCGCGGUUUCCUUGGAAAAUGGCGGUGAUGUUAUGCCAUCUGUUUUCUCUUUGAAUUGCCUGCAUUCGCUAGCUUUGAGAAACUGUGAAGGAUCAGCUGGCUUACUCAAAGCGCUCGGGUCAGACGACGUGUUGCCGCACUCAAUGAGACUCAAGUCCUUUGAAUAUCUUGCUAAUGGCAUGUUGGGAGAGUCCUGGGCCAUGGACUCUAUUGCGAACUUUCUCAUAUCUUUCGAAGGGCUCCAGGAUUUGUUCCUGUCUUUCCUUGACGUCUUUGAAAACAGUCUCCUAAAUAACCCCUCGGCGAAAUCCAACGCAGGCAUCAUUGAGGUUCCAAUUCCCCAUGUUUACCCAACUCUUAAGAGAAACCCCGAAUCUCAUUUGUUUGGGGCUUAG